AAGGACGGGCAGCGUGGACUUUUGACAUACUGGGUGAAAGGCUCCAGGCCAGCGACACAAUCAUUCAAAGUCCAGAUGAGGGAUCAGUAAAUACAAAGUGCCUCAAAGUAGCCCUUGAGCACAUUCCUCUGGUAGACAUUAACUCGAUUAAAUUGAUCUUGAUUACAAACAUAAACUUUGCCCCAUCUCACCUGGCAACCAUGAGAAAGGCAGAUGUCAGUCUAUAAAAGGAAGCAGAAACUGCCCUUGGCCUCCACGCUCCAAGCCCCUUCCUCAGCCAGGAUGUGGCCCCUCAAACUCUCAGUGGUGCUCCUCAUCUGCCUGCUGCUGCUGGGCCAGGUAGAUGGCUCCCCAGUUCCUGAAAAGAGCUCAGUGAAGAAAAGGCUGAGAAGAAUGACCCCAUUUUGGAGAGGAGUUUCCCUCAGGCCCAUUGGAGCCUCCUGUCGGGAUGACUCUGAGUGCAUCACGAGGCUGUGCAAAAAAAGACGCUGCUCCCUGAGCGUGGCCCAGGAAUGAUGCACCCACCAGGGGAAGACACAGUGCAGCAGUCACCUCCAACGAUGCUCCGUUCUGCGGACUAUUAAUUGCAUUUCGGCAUUUUGGCUGGGGAUAUACAAGUGAAGCGAUCUUGUGCUGUAUUUAAAGACAGAUAUGUAUGCUUUAAAUUGGUCUCCAUUUUUCUCCUUAGAAUGUAUAUACGUGGGUAAGUGUAAGUAAAUCUAUCAGUUUAGAGUUUAUUUUUUUAUAUUAUUAAACAGCUCAAAUUGAAA